UUGACAUUCGAAAUAAUCCAUUUAUAUGUGAUUGUGGAAUGAGGGAUUUCGUUGAGUUCUUUCGUCAUGAAAACAACUUAACAAUCGAUGGUGCCAUAAUACAGUAUAACUACUUGCUAGAUUUAGAAUGCCAGAAACCGGAAGUCUUGAAAGGCCGUAAAAUUGUCGGCGUAACUAUUAACGAGUUAGGUUGUGAUCUGGAAACGACAACAUUACUAGCAGCGCCAAUCAUUAUUUUGUGUUUUAUCGUUGUCUUUCUUAUUGUUUUUAUCAUUAUCAUGAUCAAAUACCGGAAGGAAAUUGUCAUUCUAGCUUUUACUAGAUUAAAUAUUUUACUUCCUUGUCAAAUGGUUGAGGAUAAUGCUGGCAAGAAAUUUGAUGCAUUUGUAUCAUACAGUCAGCAUGAUUCUAACUGGGUGUUAAAAACUUUGGUGCCGGGUUUAGAGAGACCAAAUGGACUGGAUCCGUUUAGACUGUGUCUUCAUCAGCGAGAUUUUGCAGUCGGAACUGCAAUCGCAGAAAAUAUCGUCAACAGCGUGGAGGCUAGCCGACAUACUAUUCUCGUUAUUUCACGGAAGUUCCUGGAAAGUGAAUGGUGCCUGAUGGAAUUCAGAACGGCGUUUCAUCAAAGUUUGCUAGAGAAAAAGAAGCAUCUUAUACUGGUCACUGUAGAACAGUUGGCACCAGAGGAGCUAGACGCCGACCUUAAGCGUUGUAUGCAGACAUUGACUUAUGUCCAUAUUAAUGACAGGCUAUUUUGGGACAAAAUUAUAUUUUCACUAUCCGAUAAAAGGAAAAGGAACAGAGAUAACCGAUUUUUCAACAACUUAAAACGUUAUUUUCUUCGCGACCAUAAACAGCAACAACAGCAACAACAACAACAGCGUGAAAACGACAAUAAUAAUGAAGCUAAAUAAUGUCAUACAAGUUCAUGAAUUUGUUGUAUUAUUGAAUUUGUAAUUAAAUCAAUUAAUUCA